GGCAUUUAAACGUGUACUUUAGCAUUGAUGCAUCUGUCGAGACCCAGGAAAGCCUCGAACAACUCGUUCAUACUUGAAAAAUCUUGUCUGGUCGUCUCUCGAAGGACGGUCAGAUAGGGGAUUACCGAUUCUGCGAGGCUGUCUGCCCCUUCAUUUCGACACUAUAUCAGACCACAUCUAGAGUGUACCAGUUUUACCCAUCUUCUUGGUCACAAUGGACGGGGCUAGCAGACCCUACAAAGUUCUCACGCCCGAUGACGUCUCCCACUUCAUGAAACACGGCUACAUCGUGCUCAAAGAAUGCUUCUCCCGUGCUGCCUCUGACGACUGGACCUGCGAUGUGUGGACCCGUCUAGGCAUGUCGCCUGAGGACAAAACGACUUGGACCCGUGAGCGGACGAAUAUGCCUGGACACCGGCAGAUCAGUGUGCCUUCAUUCGCGCCGAAAGCAUGGGAUGCGAUCUGCGACCUUGUCGGCGGCGAGGAGCGCGUUACACCCGAGUCCAAAAUGUGGAACGAUUCAUUUAUCGUGAAUCUGGGCACGCCGGAGAGCGAAGGAAAGGAUAUCGGGCCCAAGGAGUUGGAUGGAUGGCAUGUCGAUGGUGACUUUUUCGUGCACUUCCUCGACUCGCCGGAGCAAGGACUGCUGGUUAUCCCUUUGUUCACUGAUAUUCUGCCGAACGGAGGAGGGACCUGGAUUUGUGAUGAGGGGCCGGCGAGGAUUGGAAAGUGGCUUUACGAUCACCCCGAAGGCGUCGGCCCGCGUAUGACUCCCGCUGAUAAGCCAGAUGAUACCACGUUGUCGUUCUUCAAUGAUACGGUACAAGAAUGCUCACCAGACUCGUUUUACGAGAUGACUGGAAGUAUCGGUGAUGUGGUUCUCCUGCAUCCGUUGAUGCUGCACAGUGCAUCCAAGAAUGGCAGCCGUCUCGCUCGGAUCAUUACGAAUCCGCCUGUGUCGCUCAAGGAGCCAUUCAACUUCGACCGCCCCAACAACGAAUACAGUCUCGUGGAGUUUAAGACGAUUCAAGACGUUGGCGGGCAGGAUAAAUUGAAGGGGUGGAAGAUCACUGGACCAAGAGCAGCGGUGGUACCGGAAAGGCUGAGGAUACAGGCGAAGUGGUUGGCGGAGGAGAAUGAGAGACUGAAAAGGCAGGGUGUCGAGUAUAAUGGUCGGAUGCAAGAGUCGCCUCAUCAGGCUGCGACAGAUCUGGAAGCCGACGGGUUGCAAAGAGUGGCAGUGGCUUGAUUAGAGCCGUGCAUUGCUGGCCAGCAUCGUAAAUGCUUGUAUGAGGUGUUGAAGAAUCCAACGACCGACAAAAGGCCAAGCAAGGACUAUGGACAUUACAAUCUUGCAAAGGGUCACUUGUAAGAAACGUUCAGGUAAGGAGCAGCAAGGCACAUUGGAGAUGCUUGCUGUCGGAGAGGGCACAAGUCACUCUUCUUCGUCGACUGAGGUUUAAAGCAUGGGCUAAAGUCUCAAGCGAAUUUCUUAUAUGUUUCGUGGC